AAUUCAUAAACCCUAAAUUAAACCUUCUUCUCAAUCGCUUCAACCAUUCUCAAAACUCCGGCAACAACACCGCCGCACCGUUCCGGCGUCGCAUUCCACCGGCCAUCCCAACUCCAACACCACAAACACAUAAGAAGUUGAAAAAGUAGAAAAAAUGGAAAAUUCAGAGGAAAACAACGAAAUUGAUGCAACAACAACAACAACAACAAAAUCGAAUGAAGAGAAAACGGAAUUGGAAUUGAAAUUGAAAUUGAAGAAGAAAUUGAAGUUAAAGAAGAAGCUAGAGAAGGAAACAGAGAAAGCUGAUAAGCGUGGUGUUUGUUAUUUGAGUCGCAUUCCUCCUCAUAUGGAUCAUGUUAAGCUUCGACAACUUCUCUCUCAAUUUGGUGAUAUUCAAAGAAUUUUUCUUGCUCCUCAAGAUUCUAAUGCCAGAGUGCAAUAUAAGCGGGCCCGGGCAUCUCAAAACCAAGCUUAUUCAGAAGGAUGGGUUGAAUUUGCCAAUAAAUGUGUUGCCAAGAGGGUUGCCAAUAUGUUAAAUGGUGAACAGAUAGGGGGAAGGAAGAGGUCAUCUUUCUACUAUGACCUUUGGAAUAUUAAGUACUUAAGCAAGUUCAAGUGGGAUGAUCUAACUGAAGAACUAGCUUUCAAGAGAGCUACUCGGGAGCAACAAGUGGCAAUAGAAAUUUCUGCUGCCAAGAAAGAGAGGGACUUCUAUAUAUCCAAAGUUGAUCAGUCGCGUGCUUCUAACGCUAUAGAGGAGAGGAUAAAAAAGAAGCAGAAGGUUCAACAAGACUCGGUACAAGUGGAAAAAGUGAUUCGGCAUUUCCCUCAAACAAAGCCUAUCAAUGCUAACGCUAAAGGAAGUAAAACUGACUUGUCAGAUGAUUUUUUAGAUGCAGUAUUUGGCGGCUCGUAAUGCAUGUAUUGAUAUUGAUCUUCCAACAUGCGGUGAUGCUACCUUGAUGUAUUUAUUCACUUGCAAUGAUCCAUCUAGAAAAUAGUUUUCUUUUUUAUUCAGAUUUUGAAACUGGAAACCAAAGUAAUCUGUAUUCAUAACAGGCAAUAAUGUCAACUGGAGUUGAAAUUUCUAAAUUGGGCAAGAUCUGGUUUUCCAUGCAUUGUUUUGUCACUAAUACAGAAUGUCAAGUUAUGAAUUGUAAACUCCAAAUCUGUUGUUGUCUAGAAUGUGAGUACUUUGUUCCAAUAUAAUGUUAUUUGAUUUUGAAUAUAGCAUUAUUGUUUUCGCA